AGGGGCCAAAGAUCAAAAAGAAAAGGAAAAACUUCAUCUUCAAUUUCAGUCUUAGCCGGCACAAGCACCCACAGUUCCGCUGCAAUAAAGUCUAUGUUCUGUAUUCUACAUGCUUCUUCGCGCGUCCCCUCUUCUUCGCGGCUCCCACCUGCCAUUAUCCUCCGGGAUUCAGAUGGCGCUAGCUGCCUAUCUCCCUUUCUAUCCCAUCUCUCAGAGUUCAUCUUCAUGGCGAUCUUCUUCGCACUUGGCUUUUGUUUUCCAACCGAAUGGUUACGACCGCAUUUCGGCCAAGAAAUCUUUUUCACUAUUCGUUCGGAGUUUCAACGUUUUAUCUGGAGUAUACAGUAAUGUCCCAAGGCCUUGUKGAAGGAUUUUCUGUGGGCAGAGAGAGUAUCGAAAGGUGAGGAGGCGUCCAAAGAGUAAGAACAAGGAAUUAGAGCUCAACGUUGGUAUCUGUAUUGAAGAAGAGCUGCCGGACGACCCAGAAAUUUUGAGUAUUGCAGAGUUGCUUCGUCUGAAUGUUCCCAAGGCUCUGAAAUUAGCUUUCAACAAUUUGAAGGAUUCAGAAUACAAAACCCGAGAUAGUUCAAUAAAUGAUGUUGGUUUAUUUGACAGUGUCGAGUUGUCAGUGCUACUUUGUAACGAUGAAUUUAUUCGUAAACUUAAUAAAGAAUGGAGGGAUGAGGAUCAUGCAACUGAUGUCCUGUCCAUGUCACAGCAUGUCCCAGAACUGAAGCUUCCAAUUCUUAUGUUAGGUGAUAUUGUCAUUUCUCUUGAGACUGCUGCGAGGCAGGCAGAGGAAAGGGGGCAUACACUCCUUGAUGAGAUUCGGAUACUCCUGGUGCAUGGGUUGUUACAUCUUUUGGGAUUUGAUCAUGAGAUUAGUGAAGAGGCUGAAGCAGAAAUGGAGAAGGAAGAGGAACUGCUUUUGAAGAGUUUAGAAUGGAAAGGGAAAGGGCUCAUUCAGAGUGCAAUCGACGCUGAAACUAAUUUAAAUUCCGUUGCAGAAGUUUCAGAUGACAGGAAAAAAGAAGGAAGUCUUCGAUUUUACCGCCCAAGGUUCAGCUACAUUUUCUGUGAUAUGGAUGGUACAUUGCUUAACAGUAAAAGUCAAAUUACUCCAACAACUGCCAAUGCUCUGAAAGAGGUCUUGUCAAGGGGUGUGAAAGUUGUUAUAGCCACUGGAAAGGCCCGUCAAGCAGCCAUAAGCAUUUUGGAGAAAGCAGGUUUAGCUGGAAAAGACGGUGCUGUGUCUGAAUUUUCUCCGGGAGUUUUCUUACAGGGACUACUUGUUUAUGGUCGACAAGGAAAGGAAAUUUAUAGGCAUAACUUAGACCAAGAUGUCUGCAGAGAGGCAUGCCUUUAUUCUGUAGAGAAGAAAGUUCCUCUGAUUGCAUUUGGUGGAGGUCGUUGCUUAACUCUAUUUGAUCAUCCACUUACUGAUUCAUUACACACGAUAUACCAUGAGCCCAAGGCAGAGGUCAUGCCUUCGGUUGAGGAUCUUUUGGAUGCUGUUCAAAUACAAAAAAUUAUUUUCUUGGACACUGCCGAGGGAGUUUCACACAUCCUACGGCCAUACUGGUCAGAAGCAUCAGGAGAACAGGCCACGGUUGUUCAAGCUGUACCGGACAUGCUUGAGAUUGUCCCCCAUGGAACCUCAAAAGGUAGUGGAGUAAAAAUGCUGCUCGAUCAUUUGGGUGUUUCUGCUGAGCAGGUAAUGGCUAUUGGAGAUGGGGAAAAUGACAUUGAGAUGCUCGAGCUGGCAUCUCUUGGGAUUGCUUUGAGCAAUGGCUCGGAGAAAACUAAAGCUAUUGCUAACAUAAUUGGUCCCAGCAACGACGAAGAUGGCGUUGCAGAUGUCAUAUAUCGAUACGCAUUCUGAUCCGAAUUUUCUGUCCAUCAUUGUGAUUAAAGGAUGCAGAUUCUGCCGUCAACGUAUUCUUAUCUCAUUAUCUCUCUCAAUGGAGCCAAAAUGAGAGAAUUUUUCCAUUGAGUAAAAAAUGCUAAAUUUAUUAGCGUGUAGGUGUUUGAAGUUUUAUAGCUCUAUACACAGAAUGUCAACGUGUUAAAUUACUGCUAAUCCCUCAUUAUUUAUUGGUCAAGAGUUACCAAAUUUUUUA